CUGAAUGGGCGGCGGCGGAGCAUGUGUUCUCCGCCGAGGCGGCUGCUCGCCUGGGACCCGAAGGUUGCAUGCCUCUCCCCGGCCAGACCGUAAAGCCGGCGGCUGCAAGGACGCGGCGGCGGAGGAGGAGGCAAAGGGCAGCCGGAGACAGGCCGGGCGCCCCUUUCUGAAGGUGAAGGGCCCCGGCUCCGCGGGGGUAAUGGCAUCGCUGGCGGACCGAGUACGGGGCAACGGGCGCAUCGCCGCCGGGCUCCUGCUCAACCUGCUGGUGUCCAUCUGUAUCGUGUUCCUCAACAAAUGGAUCUAUGUCCACUACGGCUUCCCCAACAUGAGCCUGACCCUGGUGCACUUCGUGGUCACUUGGCUGGGCUUGUACAUAUGCCAGAAGCUGAACAUGUUUGCCCCCAAAAGUCUGCAGCCUUCCAAGCUCCUCCUCCUGGCCCUCAGCUUCUGUGGCUUCGUGGUCUUCACCAACUUAUCUCUGCAGAACAACACCAUCGGCACCUAUCAGCUGGCCAAGGCCAUGACCACGCCGGUGAUCAUAGUCAUCCAGACCUUCUGCUACAAGAAAACCUUCUCCACCAAAAUACAGCUCACGCUGAUUCCUAUAACUGUGGGUGUAAUCCUAAAUUCUUAUUACGAUGUGAAGUUUAAUUUCCUUGGAACGGUGUUUGCUGCUCUUGGUGUUUUAGUUACAUCCCUUUAUCAAGUGUGGGUAGGAGCCAAACAACAUGAAUUGCAAGUAAACUCGAUGCAGCUUCUGUACUAUCAAGCCCCAAUAUCAUCUGCCCUGUUGCUGGUCGCCGUGCCCUUCUUUGAGCCCGUGUUCGCGGAAGGAGGAGUAUUUGGUCCCUGGUCAGUUUCUGCUUUGCUGAUGGUCCUGCUCUCUGGAGUAAUAGCUUUCAUGGUGAACUUAUCGAUUUAUUGGAUCAUUGGGAAUACGUCACCAGUCACCUAUAACAUGUUUGGACACUUCAAGUUCUGCAUUACCUUGUUUGGAGGAUAUGUCUUAUUUAAGGAUCCAUUGUCAAUUAAUCAAGGUCUCGGCAUGUUAUGUACAUUAUUUGGCAUUCUUGCCUAUACCCAUUUUAAACUCAGUGAACAGGAAGGAAAUAAGAGUAAAUUGGUGCAACGUCCUUAAGUAGGUUUUUGUAGAGAAAAGAAAGUCGCCCCAAGAAGAUAAAAAAAAAAAAAAGUCUUGAGUGUACAAGUUACUUUCAAAGAAAAAAGCAAAAAUUAUAUUACAAAAUACACAAAAUGAUGAUUUGCAAGAAGUAACACAAAAGAUAUUUUAUUCAUAAAUAUGACUUUCUUGGGAAUUCCCUGGUGGUCCAGUGGUUGGGACUCUGAGCUUUCACUGCCAAGGGCGUGGGUUUGAUCCCUGGUUGGGGAACUAAGAUCCCACAAGCCAUGCGAUACAGCCAAAAAUUUAAAAUAAAUAAAAUAAAAUAAAGAUGACUUUCUCUUUUAGAGUACCUUUUUGAAAAAAACUUAAUUCUCUAAAACAUGGCUCAUGCUUCUUUUCAAAGGUGAUUCUAUGACAUAUAUAGGAUGGUUUGGUUAUAUCAAAUGAAGUACCUGAAAUUGUAUUUCUAUAAUGGUGACAGAGGAAUUCAGAUCACUGUACUACAAAUGUGUAGUGAUUUUUAAGGAAGGACACGUAGGACUCCUCUGCUUGCUCGUACAUGGUCCCCCAAUGUGAGCUCUGUUAUAAUUUAGGCCAAAGUAUUCAAGUCGGAAUUUAAAGCUAGCAUUUCUAUUUUAGUUGUUUUAGUAUAACUUCCUGCUAGAUGUUAUUAAAAACAAAAACAAAAAACUACAGUUCCUGUAGAUAUUCUCUUGUUUUUGAGCUCUCAGUGAACUCUAGAAACUAUACCUGAAGUUAAAAAACAAAAUAGCUCCAUGUUUAAAUGGCUCAAAGAAAAGACUACGGGAGGAAUUGAGCAGAUUUCUUCUUAUUCUGGUGACUGUUCUCCUGGCCUCUUUGAGCAUUUCAUGUUGGUAAUUUCUUAAGACUCUCUCCCUGCUGUCACUCCCUACCCGCCACAUGUGAGGCAUCCGUGGAGCUUUCUUUAGUACUGAAGGGCUUGGCGUGGACUACGUCAGCCUUUCUGAGGGGGUUGAGGAAAAUUCUUGAGCAGCAAGUCAGGGUAAAUGUUAUCAAAGACUAAGCAGAAACUUGGUGAAGAUAUGAGGAAAGAUUUGAAAGAGAAGUGGAGAAAUAGUCAAUAUUUAACAAGUUCCAUGAGUUUAAAGGGAUAAUUUUAAAAUAUAAGUUACAGGGGAAAUACAUGAUUUCUACUUAAGGAAAUAAUAGUGCUGCAUAUUUAAUUGCAAAAUCUGUUUAUGCCUUCCAGCUUUUGACAUUGGAGAAUUCAAAGCAGUUGUUGAUAACCUCUCACAAUAAAUUGACUGAAACAGAUAAUCCCUCUUAUAGUAAAUAAUUCUUUUUCUAAAUAUUAUUUAGAAACUUUGUGAUAAAACAACUCUUAAGAAGAUAGAGAGCCACGUGUAUAAAAUAUACCUAGGAUUAUUUUUUUCCUGGCCUAUUUGAAAUGAAAAGCCUCACUGAAAACCUAUUUUGACAGAAUUUCAGUGUUUCUGUCAAUCUGUUGUGUGAUGUUUACGUGUGCUUUUCUGUUUUUGUUUUAAAUACUUUGGUUAUUGUCAGUUUCCAAAGAUACAUUUUAUUGUGCCAAGAAACACAAAGCAGUUUGUCUUGUCAGAUGAGCCUCAGGAGUUAUGUUUGUCUAAGAAAUGUUCUCUGUGAAUGUUUAAAUUUAUAAUUAUUUCCCCAAAGCUGGAGAGAAGUAUUUCAGUAUUUCAAAGGAUCAUGCAACUUCUGAGCACUAACAGCUGAGUUGAUUUGUGCCAUGUGCAAAUUCUUCUGAACUGUAAAUACAACUUGGGGGUGGGAUUUAUAAUAAACGUUGGGGAAAGUUAAAGUAAACGACUGCUGUCAACAGGAAUGUAAGGAAGGUUGAAGCAAGAUAGCAUGGGGGCUACGUAUUUAUAAGUGAAUAAAAUAUGUACUACUGGAACUAGAAUCUGAUAAACAUUUUUUGCCCUGAAGACCAUCUUCCCAUUGAAAAGCAAAUUCGUUGGGGAAAAAUGUACCAGACGAUGCGGACCAACCAUAGAGACAAAGCAGAAGUGCAGUGCUGUGGAAGAAAACGUGCUGGCUGUCCUUUUGUUACGGAUGUGGCUGCGCUUG